AUGAUACAAAGGGGGUGUAUCGUCUGGAUGUAUGGAUUUUUGGAGGAUUCGGAAGUGGCAAAUGUAACCUCUCCAAACUACCCGAACGACUAUGAAAUCAACACUGACAUCCGAUGGAGGGUAAUAGCUCCACCAGGCCACAGGGUGAUGCUGCACUUCGUGGAUCUGCACAUCAAAGAUGACCUCGACUACGUCACCGUCUACGAAGGUAGGACGCCGAUAUUUGAAGAGGCUGUGCAGAGAAUUCGUAUAUCUGGGUUCGACCGUCCUCCAAACACAACCUCUGUAGGAUCCUACCUCUGGCUCCAAUUCACCAGUGAUGCGGAAUCUAAUGAUAAAGGAUUCAAUGCUCUUCUGUCGUACAUUCAUAUACGUGAUAUAUUGUUGACGCUUGUGGAGGAAGCCAAUAUAACAACUCCUAACUACCCAAACCAAUACGACAAUGAUGCCGAUAUACUAUGGAAGGUCACAGCGCCAUCUGGGUACAGAGCGGUACUCCAUUUCAAGAACUUUACCACGCAGCAACUCAAGGAUAACGUUACUGUCUUUGAAGGUCGGGCACCAGAAUUUGAGAAGUCCGUGAUGAGAAUUCAUGAAUCCGGCAGCACCAUUCCUAGCAAUAUUACCUCUGUUGGAUCCUAUCUUUGGCUUCGAUUCAUCAGUGACGAUCAAUCCAUGUUAGGCACACACACAGGAUUUAGUGCACAGCUUUUGUUAGCUGAUAUACCAGUUAUCGAUUUGUCGACCACGGAGACCGCCAACUUAACAUCGCCUAAAUUUCCAAACCAAUACGACAACAACACUGAUAAUCUAUGGAAGGUGAAAGCUCCAACUGGCUACAGGGUUGUGGUGACCUUCGCAUAUUUCAAUACUGAGAAUGAAAACGACUUUGUCACUCUUUUUGAAGGACGUUUGCCCGAUUUUAAAGAGUCUACGGAAAAAAGAAAGUUGUCUGGAAGUCCUCGAUUAGGCAGCUUUACCUCUAUUGGGUCCUACAUGUGGCUUCGCUUUACCAGUGAUGGAGGGAACGGCAUUGAAUUGCUUUCCCCAGGCUUUGAGGCGAUGCUUUCUUAUAUUACGAUAAGAGAAAUUACCUUAGAGAAUCCAGAGUCCGUAGCUGAAGUUACAUCUCCGAACUUUCCGCAAGAGUACAACAAUUACGCUGAUAUCUUAUGGAGGGUGAAAGCUCCAGCAGACUACAGAGUGCUGCUCCAUUUCACCGCUUUGGACACCGAACCCGAGUAUGAUGUUGUCUCCAUUUAUGAAGGGCGGGUGCAGGACUUGGAGAAAUCAACGAGGAGAAGUCGUAAUUCUGGACAUGGAAGUCCGCUUAACAUCACCUCAAUCGGAUCCUACCUUUGGAUACGAUUUACCAGUGACCGGAAUUACCAAGCCAAUGGUAACAAUACCUAUACAGGGUUCAGGGUCCUGCUUUCUUCUGUCCCAGUACCUGGUAUAUUGUUAACGACUUCGGAAACGACAAACCUGACAUCUCCGAAUUUUCCUCGCUCAUACGACAGCGAUACCGACAUUUUAUGGAAAGUGAUCGCUCCAUUAGGAGAAAGGGUGAUGGUUACUUUCUCUGCCUUCAACACCGAGUCAGGUUAUGAUUUCGUCACCAUCUAUGAAGGACGAACGAAUGACUUUGAGGAGGCUGUUGAGAGAUCCAAACUGUCUGGGUCAUCCGUUCCAGACAACAUCACAUCCAUAGGGUCGUACGUUUGGCUCCGAUUUACAAGUGCUGGCGAGCUUCAGAGUUGCGCAUCAUGCUCUGGGUUUAUGGCAAUGAUAGGUACUGUUCCUAUACGAGGACUCGAAUCUCAAUCGACCACAUCACCUGUAAUGAAGACAAGUGUCCCAAACGCAACACCCAAGACAAUCUUCAAAGAAGUUAUAGUUAUUGCAUCGAUCGGUUCUUCCGUGGCUCUUCUCUUCAUCGGAUUUGUUAUUUUAGCGGUGUUCAUGUAUCAUCGCAAAGGAUCCAAAACUUCAAAGACUCUGGGCCCCUCCAGUCCUGAUGACGAAUCUGCAGAUAUCGUGUACAGGAAUCCAGUCUACGGUGCCGAUGGGGAUUCAAAAGACGACAUCAUAGGCUCCAGUGCAAGUAGGCUACCUACAGAGUUAUAUCAGGGGGUGACUCCCGAUGCUAAUGCCGCUGACUUGACUUACUGCUCUAUUGACGAUCUACCCCUUCUUGGGAAAGAUAUGCCAAAUAUUUACGAGGAAUGUGCUGAAGAGGAUGUUCUUGAGUACAAAUCAUUGGCUAACAAUGCUACGGUUGACGUAGUCAAAUCACAGGGUCCGGUAUCCUGUGUUCGAGAAGAAGCUGCUCCAAGGAUGCGUCAACUAACCGAAGAUGGAUACGAAGAGUGCAUCGUCGACAACAACAAAAACAUGCCAACACCUUCAGCAGAGACAGCAGACGCCCUCUACGACGGGUCAGAAAGUGGACACUUACCAACAAGAGCAGAAAGUCCUUCGAUAUCCAAGGCAUCCAACGAUAACGGGAACGAUGACCAAUACCUCGAGGUUAAUAUCCCUGGAAAGGCUUUUGGACAUCCUACAUCGAAUGCCAGUACAGCCUCAUUAUGUCAUGAAGAGAAGUAUAAUACGUUAGACUUUCAGAAGCCGGGUCAUAUCAUACGUUCUAUUUCUAAAUCCCAGACAACCUUAUCGAGGAAUGCAAGUAUCGAAAACCUCACCGAUGCAAAGGAGGGUACUACCUACGACGCACUUAAUAUUCAGAAAGCUACGUCUCCGCGGAAUCCUGCGAACGUCGUCAUCCACGAUGACAAUGUUUACAAUACACUCGGCGAAUUUUAA